GUGUUUCAUCAUGCAAAUACUCACCUGAUAUGAGCCCGAGCAGGUAGCCAAUUGGAGCAUGAUAAGGAAGUUUGGAGGAUAAAACAGCCAUUGUGGCGGGGCAGCACCUAGUGCGCCUGCAUACCUCUGUUAAUUCAAAUGUUUGGGCAGCAGAAGGACUCGUCUCUUCUCACUGUAAACACGGAUCCUGUAGAGUAUUGGAAUCUCCACACACGGCAUUGAUCUACGUGAGACCUCUGUCAGGCCUGCUCGGACAUCACUCUACUGCUCCGCCCCUCAGCCAUGGUACAUCACAGUUUAGACACUGCAAUGAGCAUCACUCCAACCACCACCCUGGACAGCAUGCUGACCACGCCUUGGAGCCCCACUAACUCCUACCCUGAUGUGCCGAUGGUGAUGUCUGGUUUUACAAGUCGCCUGUGGUCUCACGAGUCCCAGCCUCAGUUCUGGAGCAAGUACCAGGUGUGGGAGUGGCUGCAACAAGUCCUGGACAUGCACCAGAUCGAUGCUGCAAACAUUCCCUUCCAGAACUUUGACAUGGACGGCAAUCAGCUCUGCAGCCUGAGCUACCAGGACUUCAUCCGCGCCGCUGGCAGCAUGGGAACCAUUCUCUUCCACAGCCUCACAGAGCUCAAGUGGAGCGCCCAGUGCCAUGCGGAGUUAGGACAUCUGGAAGUCAAACCAGAGUUAGAUUUCCCCUGUCCAUUUCCAGAUGUCAGCUAUCCACCCGGAGAGAUCUAUGAUCCCAUCAUUCACCCUCUCGCACCGGUCGCCUCUCCCACCCCUUCUAGUCCUGCAGACAUAAAAAGAUCCUACAGCCGUCCCCACCAGGUCAGAAAACACAACCCACGAGGGACCCACUUGUGGGAGUUCAUCAGGGACAUUCUCCUGAGCCCAGAGCGAAACCCGGGGCUGAUCAAGUGGGAGGAUCGGACGGAGGGCGUCUUCCGCUUCCUGAAGUCCGAGGCGGUGGCGCAGUUGUGGGGAAAGAAGAAGAAUAACAGCAGCAUGACCUACGAGAAACUAAGUCGGGCAAUGAGAUAUUACUACAAAAGGGAAAUCUUAGAACGAGUAGACGGACGCAGACUGGUCUACAAGUUUGGAAGGAACGCCCGAGGAUGGAGGGAGUCAGAGAAGUGAUUAAUAUGUGUUUUACUUGAUGUCGUGUGUAAAAAUGUGAUGUUUUGUUAUAGUUUGAAUUGACUGUUUCUAACGACGAUGUUUUUGAAGUGUUUACACGUUCUUGUUUAUUGUGUGUUUGCCUUUUUUUUAUUUUUUAGAUGAACCCUUUUGUUGUGACAAUGCACUGAGAUGUUGUUUACUGUGCCUUACUGAAAAAAAAAACUUUGCUUAUGAUACAUGCUAGCAGUUGAAUCUCAAACCUAUUUAGUGAAGAAUCAGAUGAAUGAAGACUCUGUCAGGAGCUUACAGGAAACCUGACAGAUGCUGGUUUGCUUUCUCUCCAAGUCAGAUAUUUUCUACCGUCAAAAAUGAGUUGAUCAAGAAUUCAAGCACACACAAAUCUCUCUUUAUGAUAUCGAUACUGUGAAGUGUCCUUUGGGAAAGAUGUUUGAUCACUGCAUUAACACAAUAUAAAUAAUGAUCAUAAAAGAAUGUGCUUUUAGCACCGUGCAGGAUUUUGAAGUAAAGUGUAAAUAUUAACAGUAAAAUAUAUGCAUGUAGGAAGUUUGUCUUUCUUGCCUCAUUUCAUUGUUUGCUUUCACUAAACUGAAAUGAAAGUGUGUACAUGUUUGUUGAUGUUUAUUUUAAAUAAAGCUUGCGAUCUUUUUUACUUAAUGAAAGCCA